AUGGAAGUUCACAUCAGCGACGACGAGAAGCUCUUCCUGAUCUCCGGCGUCGAACAGGACAUUCGGAACGACGGACGAACGUGUGCCGAUUUCCGGACAAUCGUACUGGAGAGAGGUGUUCUCUCGGGUACCAACGGAUCGUGUCGGGUGCAGCUAGGACAGACUACCGACGUUUUGGCUGGAAUCAAGCUGGAACUCGAAUCAUUCGAUCCGGCUGCUGAAAAAGAGGCAAAACAGCCAAUGAGCUUCCACGUGGAUUUCUCAGCGAACGCUAGCAGCCAAUUUGCAGGAAAAGGAGGCGAUCAGUAUGGUGAGGAGAUCUCCGCGGCGUUCCAAGUCGCCUUCUCCCGAUCCUUGGACAUUCUUCCGAACCUUUCGAAGACUCUUCUCGCCGAAGGCUAUCGAUGGAAGAUCAACGUGGAUCUGUCGGUGUUACAAUGGGCUGGAAGUGUCCCGGAUGCUUGUAGUCUCGCCAUUAUAGGCGCACUGUCGGAUUUGGAGGUUCCAGAAGUUGAGGUGGCACCGGAUGACGGAGGAAAGGUGUCGAUUGUGUUGAAACGGCCAAGGACUGGAGGGAAUAUGAGGGAUGAGGAGGUGCCGGUCGCCAUGUGGAAAUUGGAUGUUCAGAGCUGCCCCAUGCUUCUGACAGUCUCAAAAAUCGGCUCUGCGAAUCUCGUCGACUGCUCACCGGAAGAAGAGUGUUGUAUCCGAUCACAGCUUCUAAUUGGAGUGGCCAAAAAUCUCAACGUCGACGAUUACGAUAUCACAUGCAUCAAACAGCACGGAGGAGGUCUUCUAGAAAUGGAAUCCAUUCAGGAUAUGACCGAGUUGGCUAGCAAAACGGCUGGCGGGCUGUACCAAGCGAUUGAGAAGCGACUGAAGACUGAGGAGAAGAGGAAGCCCGGACACUCGUUUUUGCUAUGA